CUGGGUCCGUCACCUCCUUCGCCAUUGAGACUAAGCCUACUGGAAGGCGAACAGACGUCACUUCCUUGCCCCAUCAACAUGACGUCGAUGGAACCGGUGUCUGUCGUCUGGUUCCGCGUAGCAGACGUGAAGUUCAACUUGUCCAGCUACCUACCCCAAAGUGGGGACAACCACAUGGAACCAAAAAAGGUUUACGCGUUGGUGGCUCCAGAACCACCGUCGGUCACUGUGCUGGGAGCUAGUGUUGGACUAGUGGACGGUGCUCAUUGGAAGCAGCCACCAUGGACGGGCAGGGCGUUCUUUUCGCUGCUCAGCGACCCACCGGCUUUGCUCCUGAACCGGCUGAAUCGAUCCGAUACUGGACAGUACGUCUGCAACGUGUCGUACCGUAGUGAUAACGUAACCAACGCCGGUGCGACCGUAACCGAGGCAGCCGUCGAGCUGUUCAUCGCAGUUCCUCAGCAGCCUCCUGUGAUAAGGGACUCCGAAGGCAACCUACUGCGCAUGACAGCGGGGCCUUACGCUGAGGGCGACACCGUACGGCUGACUUGCGCCGUGCCUGCAGCCGAUCCAGAACUGAAGCUCACCUGGAGGCGAAAGGGCCAGGCACUGAGCUCGCCGGUAGCUACUGUAGCGACGACUAGCGGCGGCCGGGAGACCCACCUAGACCUCGGCCCUCUAUUUCGCGAAGAUCUGUUCUUGAACAUCAGCUGCGUGGCAACCAGUGACGUCACUCUGCCGAUGGAAAGCUCUGUGCUUGUCGACAUGUUCCUGCCGCCUGCCGAAGUAUCCGUAUGGAGCUGGCCUCACGAUAACGCGGAUGCCUCCGGCUGGGUUAUGGUCGCCCCUUCGGCAACGAGAACGACGUCUUCGGCUUUGGCUUCGACUUCGGCUCGCGAUACUGAGGAUAUCAUCUCGGGCACCUUCUCCGGUCGAGCCAUACAAUCAGCAAGCGCGGACUCGUCUUCAGCCUCCACUUUCUCCUCGCCGCGCAGCUUCGAGUGCGAGGCAACCGGAAGUCGUCCGCCGGCGAACAUCACGUGGUUCCUGGACGGACUGCCAUUGGACGAGCGCCUGAGCCACACUCGCGUCGAGGACAACGUCACAGCAAGUGUACUUCUUUUGCCGUCUUCGGAGCAAGCGGGAAAGCUUCUCGAGUGUCGUGCUAGCAACGACAACUUGCGGGAGCAUCGUGGUGUGCUCAGUCGCUACCUUGCCGUGAAUGUGUCAAACAAGCCGGAAGUAAGCAUUAAGCUAGGCACGGGUCUCAACGCGAGCCACAUCAUGGAGGGAGCGGACGUUUACAUGGAAUGCUCAGUCCUGGUCGCUUCGAGAAUCCCCCACGUCACGUGGAGUCGCGACGGUCGAGAGCUGGACGCCGACCUGGCCCGGGGAAUGGUGAUCACUUCCCGGUACUUGGUGAUCCGCCGGGUGACUCCCGGUCACGGCGGAAGCUACACGUGCCGAGUGACCAACACCCGGGGUGACACCGUCGAGAGCACGCCGCUUCUCAUCCGUGUCAGAUACUCUCCCAGGUGCGUUUCUGAAGAAGAGCUCGUCCUGAGCGUCGAGAAAGACGCAGCCGUGAACCUGACCUGCUUCGUGCGAGCUGAUCCCAGCGAAGGCCUGCGCUAUUUCUGGCUCGUGGUGAACGGCACGCGUGGCACGGAAGCCGCGCGGGAAAGCCAUCCUAACAGGCGCCGCCAGCAACUGCUCUUGCCAGUCGUGACGGAAUCCAACCGCCUGGAGAUCGUCCCCAACGCUUCGAUAUUCGAUGCGGCGCUCGCAUGCUGGGCGGAGAACGCCGUGGGAACUCAGGAGAGACGGUGUCGGUUCAAAUUUAUAGGUAAGGGCGUGAACACACCGGCCUUGACAUGCAGUGUGGGCAACUUCACCGACAACUCUUUCUCCCUGACCUGCUUCACACCUCUCGCCAACGUCACCACGACGUCGUCAACCAAACUAAGGCCGGAACGAAGACUGCGAGUACAGGUGUUCGACACCAGGAGGGGCAACCGAUCGGAACGCAGCUUCUGGAGCACGGACCUGGGUCCGGUUCUCGUCAACAGACUCCGCUCGGCCACCGAAUACUUGGUCGUUGUUCAAAUGCCUCCCGAGGCGAGCUUCAAGACUUACGCACGCACCCUGGGUCCGGCACAAACUCUUAUUGGCCAAGGAGAUCUCCAGAGGAACACACGUGGGGGACGCUGGACACUUGCCCUAAGCGUCGUCGUGUUGGCGUGCAGCCUCGCCGUGACUCUGACGGCACUGGUUGCCAUAUACUGCGCACACGUCCGCAAGAAGAGGAUGAAGAAGCGACGAAAGCCGCCCGACAAGGAGUGCAAGAGCGACACCAGUUCAACGAGUCGGGAAGACGUCGACUCCGUGCACAUUCGGGACCACAAGGAGUACCUCGCGGCGACGGAUGGCUGCUGACAGCGCAGACGGCAUGGGUGGUAUGCGAGAACUGGACGGGCAGUCAUCGAUAACAGUGACACAGAGAUCUUGCGAUGUGGAAUGCCGUUUGGUGACGUGACGACCAGAUAAUGGAGCGCGUGUUUUGUGGGCCACUUGCGUUAAAAAUGGUGAUCUGAGACUCAUGUGAUGGUCCAUGAAUAGACGAUCUUACUUAAGACGCAUGGGCGCCGCCAUCUUGGCUUGUUAAGCGAAAGUUUUCUUAUUUUUGUGUAUCGCGACGGUAAUUCAUAAGGUCACGAAACGUCCACUGCACCGACCCAGCCGUUUCCAUGCGUAUGCGCGUACAGUAGUACUGCUCGUUUAGUUAAAGAUACAAAACGGCAAGGACAAUAUUGCGGCACCGAAGCCCUUUCUUAAAAUAGACUAUAACAGACAACGGGACCAUUCAUAAUCAACGGUCUUCUCCACAUAGCCACGUUGUUUGUGGCGGUGA